AUGCAUCUGAUAGUAAACAUCCUCCAGAUCAUAGCCAUUGCGGCUCUGGCAGCUCCGUCGUUUGCAAGUGCUUGCCCCCAAGAAUCGCCUACUGCCAGAACAAAAAACGGAACACUGUGCGGCGUGCGUCUGCCUUCAUUCUCCCAGAAUGCGUUCCUGGGUGUCCCAUUCGCCCAGCCACCGGUCAACGACCUCCGACUACGGCAUCCUGUGCCCUACAAUAAGCGGUACAAAGCGUACCCCGCGACAGCGCAACCAGCCAACUGUCCCGGCUACGCUGGAUUCGAUGUCGGCAUUGGCCCGUUGAGCGAGGACUGCCUGUACCUCAACGUCAUUGUCCCGGAUAAUGCUUCCCUGCAGGAGCGACUGCCUGUACUGGUUUGGAUCUACGGCGGCGGGUUCACAGCCGGCGGCGUCGCUGACCCCAGAUACAACAUGUCAUACAUCGUCCAGCAGUCUGCAGCAAUUGGCAAGCCCAUCAUCGGCGUGAGCAUCAACUACCGUGUCGCGGGCUGGGGUUUCCUCGCGUCGAAGGAGGUUCUCGCGGCCGGGGCGGCUAACAUCGGGCUGUAUGACCAGCGGAUUGCCCUGCGGUGGAUCCGCGAGAACAUCGCGGCAUUUGGCGGCGAUGCGGAGAAAGUCGCUAUCUGGGGCGAGAGCGCAGGGGCAUUCAGCGUGGGGUACCAUCUUGUUGGAUUCGACGGGAACAAUGAGGGCCUGUUCCGCGCCGCGAUCAUGGAUAGCGGGACGAUGCUGGGUCCUGCGCUUCAGGAUGCGGAUCUCAUCGUGGCUGAGGAUGGGUACCAGGCGAUGUAUGAUAAUGUUACGGAGACGGUGGGGUGUAAGGGUGCGGAGGAUACGCUGGCGUGUUUGCGGAAGGUGCCAUACGAGGUACUGUUUAAGGCGUUUGAGCCGCAGAUCUAUACUCCUGUUAUUGACGGGGAGUUUAUCACGCGCAAGCCGAGCGAGACGCUUGCGCUGGGCAAGGUUGCAGACGUCGCGGUGCUCGUUGGAGCGAAUACGGAUGAGGGAACGGCAAGUUUCUGGGGUCCGAGGGGGACGCUGAAUACCACUGCAGAUGUUGCUGCGUAUAUCCGCACAUUGAAUGGCGGCGGAUUGAGUGAUGACGAAGUUGCGGAACUGCUGGCUCUUUACCCUGAUGAUCCUGCGCAGGGUUGCCCGUACGGUACUGGCGCUGAGCGAUUCGCCAGUCAGGGCUGGAUGUACAAGCGAGGCGCUGCCAUCGCGGGCGACAUAUUCGUGCAUGCUGGCCGGCGCGGGCUGGUGGAAUACUAUACCCGAAAGAAUAAUGCCCAAGCCAAGCGUCGACAGAAUCCGGUGUACAGUUAUCGGUUCGACCAGCCGCCCUGGAAUGGGGUCCUGGAGUUGAUUGCGACGGUGCCGCCGGUUUACAGCACGCACUACUCGGAGCUCAUCUUUGUGUUUAACAAUCCGUCGCAGAAACUGUCAAACUAUAUAGGACCGUAUCUGUCCUAUCAUCAGCUGUCCGAGUUCAUGUCCCGGUCUUGGGCGUCGUUUGUGCAUGAUCUGGAUCCAAAUGGUCAUGCAGUGGACGGUGCACCAUACUGGCCACGAUAUGAGCUGUCGCAACCGAAGAAUAUUGUCUUCCGGACCGUGGACAAGUCUGAUGGGAAUGGGAGCUACGUUGAAGAGGAUAGCUAUAGAAAGGACCAGCUGAAGUGGUGGAAUGCGCACUGGUCUAGGUUGAGAUGUUGA